AAUUAAAUUAGGGUUUCGGUUUUGGAUCACAAUCAACAGAGAUGCCGAGGUCGGAAGUUUACCGGAUCGAACCAGGCUACGAUAAUUUCCUCGCUGAAUACGAUCCCGAAGAUCCUUUUUGGGCUUCUUAUGGUGGUAAAAUAGUGUUCAAUUACCGAGGUAAACCUGAUAAUCCCAGACAGUAUUACCCCAGAGCUAUGGUCAAAGAUGCAAUUCGUACCUACAAUCAGCAAAACAAGAAAAAUUACUUUUUGGUGGAUCUGAUAGAAUUAGCUGGGCAUCCGAUCACGGGGUUCUAUUUCACUGCGCAGUUUACAGCAAAGGAUAUUGAUUCGGAUGUAGUAGAAAAUUUCGAAGCAGUGAUUCACGAAGAUAUCAGCGGAGUCUUCACUCAAACUAAAGUUAUAUCUGUUUGCAUUGUUCCUCCUCCUCCUCCUGCUCCUCCUGCUGCUGAACAAGGUACAACUUCUGAUGCUGAAGGUGCAACUUCACAUUGCUGCUGCUGUAAAUCUCGAAACGCGGUAAUUAUUAAUUAUCAUCGUUUUUCAAUUUACGAUAAAUAAUUAGUAAUCUUCUUUAAUUUGCAGUUUUGAUCUCUAGUAUUUCUUUCCUUAAGCUGCUGUAUAUUACAUGUAUGCAUGCAUGUAUUUCUUACUUGUUAGCUUAGUGAAAAUCGAACAACUUCACAAAGCGCAUCAAAUGUCGUGUUAUCGUGUUAUAUUUUGGGGUGUUAAUGUUAUGUUAUCACGUACUUUAUAUUUUGGAUGCAUUUUUACCUUAGUAAGAACUGCUAUCGAUCGAACAUGCAAACUUAUAAGCUAGUUAUUUUUUGCGCUUUUUCUAUUUUUAUAUGUUUUGCAGGUCUGAUUGACAGACCAGCGGCUGGAUAGUCGGCACGGCUAGUUGAGGAAUAACAGGGGCUUGUUCAUCAUUAGACGGGAUCGGAGCUUGUUCAUCAUUAGACGGGAUCGGAGCUUGUUCAACAUUACAAAAAUUCUUUAAUAAAAUUAGUUCAUGUAGGUUUAGUUAAUGAAGGUUAGGGGGAUCGGAAUAAAGCUUUUUACGGUAUGAAUAAAUUACAUACAUUUAUUCGUAUGUAUAUGGUGCAUUAAUUACAGUUUUAGCAGGGUCGUACUUGGCGAUUUAAACGUUUUUUUUUUCCUACAACGAUUGAAACGUAUUAUUAGAUAGGGUGCUGUAAUUUGAAAAAAAAUGAAGAAAACCAAACUGAAUUACGAAUAGUUUUCGUCUCGCAAACGU